AUGGGUAAUAAAAAUAGCAAAAUAACUGGAGAAUUUGAAGUUUACAUCUUGUAUAAGGCGCUUGGCAAAGAUUGUUACACUGGUUGGGGCGAUCGUCGUACUUCACAUCAUAUAUGUUUGUUAAAAUCAACAAAAACCGGUAAAUUUUAUUAUUCUGAACUAACAACAGAUAAUCCUAUCAAGAAGGGUAUUAUUAAAAUAAAAUUUGGUGAAUAUUCAUUUUUUCCAGGUGUUAUUAAUUAUGAUGUCAUUGGUUAUACAGAUAAAACGAUAGAUGAAAUGGAAGAAUUUGUUAAGAACAAUAAUUAUGAAGGAACAAUCUAUAAUUUAUUCUUCAAUAAUUGUCAAAAUUAUGCACAAGCUUUUAUUCGUUUUUUAAACAUAAAAGGUUCUUUUGGUCGAGCUGAAUGGGCUCAACAGGCUAAAACUCCAUCUGAAAUUUAUGUGCAUAACGUUCAGAGAGAACUUUUAUAA